AAAGAAAAGCAGAAGCAGAAGAAGAAGAAGGAGAAGAAGAAGAAGAAGGAGGAGGAGGAAGACUAGCAGCAGCAGCAGCAGCAGCAGGCAAGCAGGGCGACUCGUGUCUCGCGCUGCUCUUCUCGUGGCUGUGCAUCGUUUAGGUUUACGGUGUCCUCCUCUGUGUCUCUGGAAGUUGGAGUAGAACGAGUAUAAAAUAGAAGGAGAGGGGCGACAGCCACUCUAGGGCUAAACAAUGGGACGAGUUCGUGAGUAAGGAAGGCUGCCCCCGCGGAGAGGCGACUCGGAGAGAAAAGGAGGGAGGGGAAAGAGAGAGAGAGAGAGAGACGGAGAAGGCGCAACGAGCAGCACACUCGUGGAGGAGCACGUUGAAACACUUGGCCCGUAAGAUUUUUAGCCCAGUUCUAUUUAGGCCGUCGUCGAGCCCUCGAAGGGUUCGUUCGGGGAGUCGGAAGAACCGUCCUAUAGAUACAUCGUAAAUUGAACGCGUUUGUUUUUGUUGUCGUUCGUAUCGUCCACCGAUAAACCGCCGCGAACACGGGGUAAUGUUCACCUGCGAAACACCGAUCAACGGACAAUAAUCCACUAAUUUCACAGAAUCCGCUGAUCUCGGUUAUACUUCGCGGUAUACUCCCAACCCUUCAGUGUGUCUCGGGUACUCGUGAUGUGCCGUUACUCGUUAGGUACAAUUAUUGUUGUUAUAAAGUGAUGCCGAUGCUGUACGGUGGUGCUGGCGAAGCUCCUCGGUUGUACGAGUCCAACCGUAAGUGAAGUGCUUGCGGUGAACAAAUUAUUCGUGUGGUUAAACUAAACGAUGUGCUUAGUUUCUCGUGAGCAUCGAGUUGCUGUAGCAUAUUAUAAGGGGCGUUCUUAUGCACCGCGUUCUAACAAUGGAUGAAUGCAAAACGCUUCAGUGUAUGCAUAACAUGUAAUAAAACCAACGGACGACCAACCAAAGGAGCAACGAGGGAAGAGAGAAUCCGGCCCGAAUAAUAAACUCGGUGACUGCGGUGUAAUUGUUGUGUUAUGAUUUUUUUGCCGCGUUUCAUCAUACCUCUGUAAUAUUUCGAUUUUGCUUUCGAUUUCGCCUUGUUUUUUUUUUUUUGUUUCUUUCUUUUAUUCCAAAUAGUUUGAAUUUUAUUUUUGUUUCGCCAUUUAACGGACACAUCGUUAGAUCGUAUCCACUACGUACAUACACGAGUUUGUGAUACACAUCAAAAAGGAUACUCGCAUCUACAUUAAUCGCUCAUCAUCAUCUACAUAAAGAUGUGGUACGGGAAAUUAUGCACCGAGAAGAGGAAGGACUUGAGGGUGGUAAAUCGAGGAUGAACAAUGGCCUCCUCCCUCGGUGCGGGUGGACCGGGUCUGGCUCAAGGAAAUUCAAUUCCUCGAAGAGCCAACCUGGAGUUCCCGCCACCUCCACCCUAUCCUCCGCCCUCGCGUCACGUGACGUCGGCCGGUGCUGCGGUGUCAUCUUCGAUUUCUCCUUUGUCGUCAAAUAUCGUUGCACCAGGUGCUGCUGCCCCGUCGACGCCCCCGAUGGCCGCCACUUCUUCGUCUCUGCCAAGGCAUUCUAGUCAGCUGACUCCUGCGGCGGCACAGGACUACGCUUACGCUUACUACGAGCCCGGACCAAGUCGCCUGCAUCCUUCGUCAAAUUUUCAUCAUUCCCACUUACAGUCCCCCACCAUACGACUCGGAAUCCAAAGACAGCAGCAACAACUCAGUCCCAAUCAUCAGGAGUCUUUGAGGAGGCAUACCUAUGUCACCAGAUACGGAACGGAGGAGAAUAUCUAUGAGGAAAUUUCGGAAAUAAGCCGGCAAUGUCGAAGGGGUCUUCACGGUUCGAGGAGAUCUUUGGUCGCCGAGGAGGUCCGAAGAGUCCAGUUGAAGCACCGUAGAGUUCUUGGCGAACUGAACCUCAGCGUCGAAGCGAUGCUGAUGCCUCCUGGUUCUAAUUGUCCCGUUCAAAACGAAAGAGGUCAAAGAAGUCAAAGAGGAACAUCUUCGACGGAAGAACUACUAGCUUCGGUCAGUCCAACCGAUGAACUAUUAUCCCCCGUUGCCUGCGAUUUGGAUAGCGGAUUCAGCGGUAGCUCCAGUGCAAGUUACAGAUCUGGACUCGGAUCGCUCAGUCGUGGAUUCGUGAGGACUAGUACCCCGGAGCUUGCCGCAGCUGGAGGAAAUUCUCAGAAAAAGGCAAAGGCUGUAAUGCUAUGGCGGAAGGGCUGGAAAGGAUGGAAGAAAAUUCAGUCGUUCGGGGCUACUAAUAAGGAUGAGCCCCGUUCGAGAUGUAGAUCAUGGGAUGACGUAGGCUCAGCUAGAAUGGAGUCGGCUAGCCAGCAGCAUAGGAAUCCUCAUCCUCCGUUGGAGGCAACCAUGUCAACGCAAUCUACUCAGUCUGCACGCAGCGAGGAUUCUUGGUGUUCCGCAUCUGACCAUGACCUUUCUUCCGAUGAUGAGAGCGAGAAAAGUAAUAUCAGUAUUAAAAGUAAUGGCCAGUUGAGGAAUACUCUACACAAAGCACGAACGCUAUGUGAUAAAUGGAAAUCUCAAAACUUGAGAGUUAACAAUACAGAACCACUGGAAUCACCUAGUAGCCAAGGAAGACUGUCGAGAUGGUUCAGUAUUCGAAGAGGGUCUACUCAUCAGUACGACGUCGAUACAUCCGAUACUGUUUCCUUGACCAGCCCCAUGAAGGCUUCGCAGAUGCCGCAGCUGUGCGAGGUCGAAGAGGAAAAUGGAGCCAUGGUGCAGUUUCAGUGUAUGCAACAGCGGAGACAAGCACCGCCAACCCUCCCUCCCGUACCUUCCAAUUUAACACCCCAACAAUUGAAGCGUCGACAUAUCGUGGCUGCAAUUGUUCAUUCGGAAAAUAGCUACGUAGCCACUCUACAGAGGCUUGUUAACGACUAUAAAAAACCCCUGGAGGAAUCAUCGCCACCGGUACUGGGACAGUCAAAAAUAUCAACGUUAUUUCACAGGCUGCCAGAAAUCCUUCAGUGCCAUACGCUGUUCAGGAUCGCUCUGGCCGAGUGCGUUCGCUCCUGGGAUAAAGAUGAGAAACUAGGUGACGUUUUCGUAGCUAGUUUCAGCAAAGCUAUUGUACUCGACAUCUACAGUGGCUUUAUUAACAACUUUUCCGUGGCGAUGGACUUGGCUAAACAAGAAUCGAAGCGAAAGACUGCUCUAUCUGAUUUUUUUAAGGUCAAACAAAUUAGUGCUCAUGACAGGCUGUCGUUUUUUGGACUGAUGGUGAAACCGGUGCAGAGGUUUCCACAAUUUAUAUUAUUUUUACAAGACUUAUUAAAACAUACACCUCAAGGCCACCAUGACAGAAUGUCUUUACAGCUGGCAUUGACCCAACUAGAGAGUCUGGCAGAGAUGUUAAAUGAGAGGAAACGCGAGGCUGAACAAUUCCAAGCAUUUAAGGAAAUGUUGCGUCAUGUUUCUGGCAAACUCUCUCACCGCCCUCUUUCCUCUUCUUCGCGUUAUCUAAUUAGAGAGGAUAAUGUUACGCAAUUGGAAUUCAAUCAAAAUGGGAUGAUUACAAAGUCUAAAAGACGACGACUGCUGUUGUUGAACGAUCUAGUCGUAUGCGUAUCUGUAGCACCAAGAUCUACCGAAGAUUUCUCUGGCAGUGAACGUCUAAGCUUAAAGUGGACAUAUCCUGUAGCCGAUGUCGAGAUUCAGGAUACUAGUACAUCGCCAACGUUGAGUCGUCUGCUUACGGCAGGACUAAAUAAAGGUGGCAGCUUAAAAUCAGAUCGCAGUGGAGAAGGUGGGCAGGCAGGUGCGGACAAUUUGUGCGCUGAGAUGAACGAUUUAAUGCAAGAUUAUGAAGUCAUGUCCAGAAUCAGUGAUCUAGUUGCUCAACUCAAAGGAUCUUAUAACGGUAUGACUGCGGAAAAUACAAAGCAAAUUCUACAGUCCAUUCAAUCAUCGAUACAACAGAAGGACGAAGAUAUGGUAUGGGCGGAUAGCUGUUGUCUACAAGUAACUACAAAGCAGGGGCAGAUGUACACAUUUCAAACCGAAAAUCCUUUUGUCAAGAAGGAUUGGGUGACCGAACUUAGAUUGGCCCAAUUAGCUCUAGACCCCAACAAUUCACCAGCUUGGGAAGUUCCUGAACAGGAACAGAGACCUUCCACAAAAAUGCCUUUGUUUGUUAGCUCUCAGCCUGUCUAUCACUCGCAACAUCAAUCAGAGGUCAGAUGUGGUUGUUAUUAUACGACACAAAAUCCUCGCCCAACUAGGCGACGUGGAAGAACUUUGAGCUAUCUCUGGAUAUGUACAAGCGACGCAGUGUCCAGUCAUGUCACAGUCUUUGGUCAGUCGACGACCGCCACAUCUACUGCUUUGAAACAAGUAACUGCUUUUGAUUUGGUAGAAACCAAAGUUGCAGCUAUCGAGUUUAUCAAGGGCCUAUAUAACGAGCCUAUCACACUUGCCAGCGAUCUUGUAUGGAUGGGAACAGAUUCUAGAAAGUUAAUAAUCUAUGCAGCUUCAGAGCCAGAGAAACAAGAAGAGCUCGGCAGUUACCCCGUCACAGGGCCUGUAGUACAAAUUAAAUAUCAUUGCGAUAACGUUUUUGUCGCGCUGGGUAACGGAUCGUUGUUGAUGUUCAAGAGGCAAUUUGACGGAAGCUGGCUUCUGAGAGAUCCUUUAGUAAUAUCAUUAGGCAAUGAUCCAGUCUCCUGUCUAAUGCCUAUAAAUUCCUCCGUUUACGCUGCUUGCGGUAAAAAAGUUUGGGUUCUCAAUGGAAACACCGGGGAAAUAACGAAAAGUUUCAGUGCUCAACACGAACACGUUGGCAAUGUAAAACUCAUGGCUCAUUCCGGUGUUGGUCUUUGGGUUUCGUUGAAAAAUUCUAGCACCGUUUGCCUAUAUCAUACCGAGACGUUUAAACACCUCCAGGAUAUCAACAUUGCGUCAAACGUAUUGAGGGUCACUAAACCAACUAGUUCAAAUAAUUCUUGUGGUGAUAAUUUGAACAAUAAUCAAACAAUCGUUACAGUAACUGCUCUGAUGGCGUGUAAGGGAUUGUUGUGGGUGGGAACAAAUGUUGGCAUAAGCUUAACCAUUCCACUUCCUCGUCUGGAAGGUGUGCCUAUAAUCAGCGGUCGAGUUAACAUAUCAUAUCAUGCUCAUUUCGGUCCAAUUACAUUUUUACUAGCUAUACAGAAUAACAAAAAUACCACAAAUUGUAUCAAGGAUGAAGUUAUCGAAGAGGACAGUGUACAGCUUAGAAACAAAGAUGUAGAACACAUUCAUCGGCCAAGGGAAAGGGCCAGUUUAGAUGUUUCACUGUCCAGCAACAUGGCUAAGCUGAAGCAACAACUCACCAGUAGCCCUGUCAUGUUACGGCGCAAAAGAAGUAAGGAAAAUGAAUACCGAGGGUCGAAAACAUUACCCCGUGGUCUAGGCUGCGGUGGUUGCUUAUUGUCGAGUUCAAUCACAAGUUCACAGAGUUCGGGAGAGAACUGCGACGUUUAUGGAUUAUAUGGUGAAUUAAUGUACGUUAAAGAUUAUGAGAAUGAAAAUAGUUCUGGUAUCGAUCCUAUAUAUGAAACGCUGAGACAAAGCGACCCGGAACUUGCAGCUAUACCAAACAAAGUGAGCACUUUAGAUCGGAGGUUGAAAAUGAAGAUCACCAGACCCAGAUCUUUGGAUUUAUCGAAUUGGUCCGUAGACUCCCACGCGAGUUCGUUGUACACUUCGUCCGGUUCCGAAGAAAACUUAUCACUAAAAGCUGGCAAACUGUCGCGGAAUAGCAGCAAUGCGAGUAGAAAUACUCCGUACGAAAUAGCGCUUUCUGCUAACAAUACCAUCCCACCUGUUAAGGAAAUAACUCCCAUGCCCAAAUCGAAGGGUAACAACAAGAAAAAUAACAAAGGAGCGCAGCAAGUCGACCAGCCCAAACGCACCGUUUUGACAUUAAUGGGGGGAAGAGGGUACAUAAAUUGGAGACUGCCAAAUAUACAAUCUGUUAUAGAUAAAAAUCCAAAGUCAACAUACGCGCUGAAAGAUCCUAAUAGUAAUGACGCACAUAUUGUAUUAUGGGAAAUGAAGUUAUGAUACCCUGUGAUUAUAAACCGGUUGGAUUUUGUCUAGUUGGGAAAUUGACAUUCGCUUUUGCCGUGGAUUGUUGAUUGAAAUUACUCCGACUGUUAUUUAUCAGUCUGAUAUUCUUCUGCUGAUAACUUAAUUUCAAAGCAGCCACAUCCUGAUACAAAAUCACGGUACAAAAUGUUUGUUUGUGAUUUGAGAAUCUCUAUCAAAAAAGUCCGGAUGCAAUCGCGUAGAUUCUGUUUGAAGAGGUUUUGUAUCUGGUAGAGCAGAACGAGAACUUCGGUUACGGUUCGAUACGAUAAGAAGUGUGUAGAGCGCACCUCAGAUAUAUGCAUUCAUAAAAAUCGUUGAAUUUGAUGUAAAGAUGAUUUCGUUUAAACUCAUCAUGACUGUUGAGUUACAAAAUGUCACCCGGAUAGAAUAAUGAAGUAUACUUGAAGGUAUACUGAAUAACGUUUAUGAAAAAUCAGGCAGGUGCUAAUGCUUUGUUUUUUUUCUUUGAAGUUAUUUCGUGUGCAUAGAAUAUUUUAUUAUUAUGUACAUAAUUUGUUUCUAGACUUUUUUUCACCUAUACAGGGGUGUGCUCUGAAAUUAUAACGUAGAAGUGAGGGACUGAGACAAAUUUAUUACGUUUUUAUCAACUAUGGUAAAGAGUUUUAUACGAGUUUAUAAAUAAAUAUUAUAUAGUUCAUAUAAUUCCUAUGAAAACAAGGCCUAAGUGUAUUGUAUAUAGCGUUAAACUGAAUAGUAUUAACAACUAGUUUCGCCAUACAGUAUUUCAUUGUGUUAUUAAACAAUUGAAAUCACUAGCGUUUACUAUUGCAUAUUAUAUCGAAUAAAUAAUAUCCGUCACUAGUCAGAGCAUUGUCCCUGUGUAUUGAGAUUUACGAUGUCGACAUGAGAGAUAUGAAUCUCAUUAUUGGUUGUAACUGAAUUGAUUACAAGUUAUGAAUGGAGCAUUAGUUGAAAUUGUUGAUUCGAUUGAAGCUUUCUUUUUACUUUUCAUUCCAUGCUGCGGCAGUUGACUUGAUGUAAUUGGUUGUUUUUCUUUUCUUUUUUUUUUUCAUUUUUUGUUCAGAUUUUGCAAGAAAAGCUUCUCUAAUAAUGCCUACUUUUAAGUAAAGUAAUAUUUACGCUCUGAAUUGGAUAACAAUGUUCUUAUUUCAAACACUGAUGAAACAAAGAUGCAAAGUCUGUUGAAUUUAUAUUACGAUGGCCAGAAUUGGAGCAUUUUAUACGUUUGUAGUACCACCUAUAACUCUAUCUAUGUAUGUAAUAUUACACAAAUAUUAAGGAUGUUAAAAUAGAUCUGAUAAUGUUAAAAUGUGCAUAGUGAUAUGUUUUCCCACUUUUUAUAUUUUAUCUAAAUGUUAGCGCAUCAAAUUAUUUUUGACUCGAAAUUAUACCGCUAGCGUAAUUAUUGUUGCAUACAAAGCGAAGAGACUAGGAUUCUCUGAUGUUAAAGGAACAUACGUAAAUAUAAUUCAAAACUUAAAAUAAGCAAAAACAAGAUUGUCUAUCAUUUGUUGUGAUAAUGGUUUGAAAUUUAUGUCAGUUACCCAGUGAUCUAUCGUAUUGUACUUCUUGGCGACAAAUAUCGUUAAGUUUGCUAUUUGCUGACACAAAUUAGUUUAAGAAUGAUGUAUGUACAUAUAUAAUAUAUAUGAUCUUGUACAUCAAGGCCAAUUUUAUACAAUAUUGUUUAGCUAAACAUGUUUGUAUUUUGUACACAACUUUCUUUAGAAUGCAUAUACAAAGAAAAAGAAAAAGAUCUUUCUAUUUAUAUGUAUAUUAGUUUAAGUAGUUAAUACCGGUAGUGCACUGAUACUUGAUCAUGUAUAUUUAUUAUUUAAAUAAAUAUAGCAUUAUUCCUUCGAGAAUCA